ACGUGAUCCCUCACGUCCUGCAUGCGCCAGUCUCUCUCUCUCCCCUCCUCCCCGUUUCCGCGCGCCGCCUUGGCAGCGCCGGUCACGUGGUGAGGGUGUGGGAGAGGGAUCCACUCUAGCCCCCGGAGUCUAUGGUGAGGCCUGCUGCGUCCGGCCCCUCGGGACCGAGUUACCCUGCAUGGCUCCGCCGGGGCCGGCUCCGGUGCCUAGAUAACGCUGCGACCCCGCCCCACGCGGCACGGCCCCCAGCGCCGAAGGAGACCCAGGAUGGACAUUCCUCGGUAUGAACCAGUGGCCGAGAUCGGUGUUGGUGCCUAUGGGACGGUGUACAAGGCCCGUGACCCGCACAGCGGCCACUUCGUGGCACUCAAGAGCGUGAAAGUCCCGACAGGAGGAGGAAGUGGAGGGGGCCUGCCGGUCAGCACCGUCCGGGAGGUGGCCCUCCUCAGGAGGCUGGAGGCCUUUGAGCAUCCCAAUGUUGUCCGGCUGAUGGAUGUCUGUGCCACUGCCCGAACCGACCGAGAGACCAAGGUGACCCUGGUGUUUGAACAUGUGGACCAAGACCUGAGGACGUAUCUGGACAAGGCCCCUCCACCAGGGCUGCCCUUGGAGACCAUUAAGGACCUAAUGAGACAGUUCUUAAGAGGCCUAGAUUUUCUUCAUGCCAACUGCAUUGUCCACCGUGACCUGAAGCCAGAAAACAUACUUGUGACUAGUAGUGGAACAGUGAAGCUGGCUGACUUUGGCUUAGCUCGGAUCUACAGCUGCCAGAUGGCACUCACACCUGUGGUAGUCACUCUCUGGUACCGGGCUCCUGAGGUUCUCCUGCAGUCAGCAUAUGCAACACCUGUGGACAUGUGGAGUGUUGGCUGCAUCUUCGCAGAGAUGUUCCGUAGGAAGCCUCUCUUCUGUGGAAACUCUGAAGCUGACCAGUUAAGCAAAAUCUUUGACCUGAUUGGGCUCCCAGCAGAAGAUGACUGGCCUCCUGACGUUUCUCUGCCCCGUGGAGCCUUUACUCCUUGUAGUCCCCAGCCUUUACAGUCUGUUGUGCCUGAGUUGGAGGGGCCUGGAGCACAACUGCUACUGGAAAUGCUGACCUUUAGCCCCCACAAACGAAUCUCUGCCUUCCGAGCUCUGCAACACACUUAUCUACAGACAGCUGGGGAAGGGAACCCAGAAUGACCACUGGAGGGACUGUAUCCAGGACCAAUACAGAAGAGCUGCCAUUUCCCCUCCCCACGGACACUAAGAUCACUCCUACCGACACCGUGAUGUACAGCAUCACAAGGCAGGAGGGAGAACAUGAUCCUCCUUACACAUGCCCUUCCCAAAUCCUUAACCAUUUUACACAGAAUCUUUUACUGCCUUAAUGACAUUCCCCUACUACCAAUGCCCUUUGUGAGACAUCCCUCUGUUCCACCCUAAUCCCCUAGAUUGGGGGGGGGGGGGGGGCCAAGUAGGGGGAUUUAUACAGGAAAAAAAAAACACGAAGCUGGUCUGGUUUUUAUGUUUCUGGCUCUGAUUAACUGUGAAUCUGCAAUUUAGUGGGGGAUGGAAGUAGACACCAUAGUAGUUAAAAGUGACUGAACAAAGCCUUAUGGAAUAAUAUAAAUAUAGGGCCUGAGAGGGUAAUAGCCUUCAUUUGAGAAAGACAGAAAAAAUAGCUCAUGCAAUACAGGGUUAAAAAGGUUUUAUUUUUUACAUUCACUACACUAUCCAAAAAUACAAAGCCUAUGCUUUCAGUGACAUGAGAAAGUUGUCACCUUUGGAGGACCCUCAACCACCCCACCCCCAAGGAGACUGUUUCCAUUCCAGGUGAUUGGCUGUGAUUAACCUUGGAGACAUGAAAUCCUGGGCAGGGUAAGACAGAUCAAGCCAGUCUAGGAGAAGACUGGCAGGGCUGAAGUUUGCAGGGGCUUCUUGCCCCAUUCAAUCACAUGCACUUGAUAAAUAGCAUCCCCCUUUCUGGGGGCAUGGGGAUGUGCUCAGAAUCUUCCCAACUCUGCCUAGCCCCAAAACAUCAUGUCAAGGACAGAAGCCCAACUGUCCAAUCAGCUUAGGGGUCGUAGCAAAGAAGUGCCUCUUUCUGGUUCCUUACAUGGAAAAGGCUCUGGAGUCCCCACCAUGAGGGAGAGUGGGGAAAAUGAGGUUCAGGAGCAUCACAGAUCUUUAUAGGAAGGCACUGGGGUUUGCUCGAGGGUCCUUCUGAUUCCGGAAUCUCAUUGCUAGCCACACACCUAGGAUCUGGGGGGUGGGGGGGAAUGGAGAUAUUUUAGAAGGAAAGAAAUAUAAGUGAUAGAGGAAUAACACCUGUGCACAGGGCACUCAAACCCACACUGAGUUUAUAGAUCCCACCUGGAGAAGAGUUGAUGUGGAGAAUAGGAAGUAAAAAAAAAAGGAAGGCCUCACCUCUGUAAAGCUGAAAAACAGUCCAACACCCCCCAGGAUUUUCAGUGCUUCAUCUGAAUGUUUAAGGAAUUUGUCUCCACAAACCUGGCACUUUGGGGCCUGGGUCUUACAGAGCUAGAAAUGAGAGGAUUCAAAAUUAAUGGCAGAUAAACAACAUGACCUACCCUACCCCUUCUAAGUGGCCAUAUUUCUCUGGAAGUGGUCAAUAACCACUGAUCAUCACUCAACGUUCAACCAUCCUUCAUCUUGCCCUCUUUUUUUCCCCCAGGCAUUCAUUCUUCAUCCAGCUUCCAUAAUCUCAUAAUGCCAAUCCCCUUCCCUUCUGGACACUGUCCACUGUUAUAACCCCCAGCCCCCAUCCUCACUGCAGUGCAAAAGGCAUAGUCCUGGAAGUAUAAGGUGGAGUUGAAGAGGCCACAGCAAUCCAAACUUGUCUCUAGUUCAUUCCGGGUCUUGUUAGUCAUGACCAACCAAUAGGUGCUGAUGACAUCUUUCUGGUAGAAAGAAAUGGAGUACUAAUAAAACAAUCCAAAUUCU